ACAUUCCGAAUAAUAUCCAGCAGGAUUCUUCAAAAGUAAUUUGCACCUCAAUUAUUUAAAAGUCCAACGAUCGUUUUUACCAGAUAAUACAUAACAAAAUGGGUGAUGCAAGGUGCAUUUCAAGAAAUAGCCUGUCCCCACUUCCCCUCGGUCAUAUACAGGAGAAGACCGUGGGCGUCAAAUUGGACGGACCUUCUUCCAGUGAACCAUCUCUCUUCUCCCCAAUCACAAUUAGAGGUCUUACUUUUAAUAAUCGGAUUUUGGUUUCUCCCAUGUGCAUGUACUCGUGCCAAAACCAAGACGGAAUAUUUACUGAUUUUCAUCUCGCCCAUAUCGGCACUUUGUCACUCCGUGGUCCCGGCCUGGUCUUCAUUGAAGCCACCGCCGUCCAACCGAAUGGUCGGCUAAGCCCGCAAGACACCGGACUAUGGAAUGAAGACCAAGAACUUGCCCUAUGUCGCCUCGUCAGGUUAGCGAAGGCAUGCAACGGAGCCAGGAUUGGCAUUCAGCUGGCUCACGGGGGACGAAAAGCAGCCGCGUACCCGCCAUUCCAUCGCUUUGAAGAGACCGGGGGUCAAAUUGCGAGAGGCAUCGUGCCCAACGAGGAGGGCGGUUGGGCGGCCGAUCUCGUGGCACCGAGUGCAAUUCCGUGGAAAGAUAAUGGCGAAUAUCCUACGCCGAAUGAGUUGACCAAGGAGCAGAUUAAGGAACUCGUGGCGGCUUGGGCAUCUUCGGCGGAAAGAGCGGUCCGAGCAGGGGUGGAAGUCAUUGAGAUACAUGCCGCACACGGCUAUCUCAUUCACGAAUUUCUUUCAGGACACACUAAUCAACGUAGUGACGAGUACGGAGGAAAUUUUGAGAAUAGAAUUCGAUUCUUGCUUGAAAUUGUGUCCGCAAUUCGAACAGUUAUACCGGAAGAAAUGCCACUAUUUUGUCGUCUAUCUGGGACGGAUUAUGUUGACGGAUUGUUGUCAAAGGAUCCAACUGGAUGGGAUAUUUAUCAGGUGACCGAGUUAUGUAGAAGAUUUACACCAUUGGGGGUGGACGUGGUGGAUCUUUCUUCUGGGGGAAAUUUGCCUACGGUGUUCAAAGGUGGAAUUGGUCCAGACUUUGGAUUCCAGCUUCCACUCGCAGAAGAAGUGAAGAAGGCGAAUAUUCCAGGGUUGAAGGUUGCUGCGGUGGGGUCACUACAGAAUGCAAAAUUAUCCGAUGAGGCGGUUCGUUCAGGCAAGGCGGACUUUAUUGGGAUUGGGCGUCACUUUCUGAAGGAUCCAAACUGGGUUUACACAGCGGCAGAGGAAUUAAACGUGAAUAUUAGAUGGCCCGCGCAAUACUCGUGGAUGUGGUCGUGGGGCAAAUAGCAGUCACACGCCUUCACCUUAUCCAAUUGUGAUAAAUUCAGGACACAAUUAUUGGGUAAUAUGUAUAGGAAUUGAGAAUAAAUAAGUAUUUCAUGUACGAAUUUUUUGGAUUCUUUCUUGGGUAGAAACUUGUUACAUACAUAUUCCAAUAAAAAAUUAACCUUUUCAACAUAUA